AUGCCUGUAAAAAGAGUAACAGAACGUCUGUGCAUGGUCAGUAUUCCUAAUAUUUUGCAAAUCAAUGUCGAUGAUUCGGACGGUCCCGAGGUUAAUGAUGAUGAAAUAAAUUGUGAUAAUAAGAUUACACAGAGUAGCAGA